AUGGGAGAUGACAAGAUCAAUCACACUCAUUCACUGUUUCUUCAUCCUUCUGACACGCCGAGUUCAGUUUUGAUUCCAAUUCAACUCACAGGAUCUGAAAACUAUGGAUUGUGGAGAGGUUUGAUAAGGUUUAAUCGUGUAAGGAUCUUCCAAUUGCAUAGAGAAAUUGCAACAAUCUCACAAGGAACAGAUUCUGUGGACACCUAUUUUACAAAGCUGAAAGAGUUAUGGUCAGAGUAUGAUGCCUUGGUGCCUUCACCUGGAUGUGACUGUGUGAAAUCAAAGGAUUAUAUCGUGCAUCUUCAUCAGCAGAGGUUGCUUCAAUUUCUGAGUGGUUUCAACGAAUCAUAUGAUCAAGCAAGGAGACAAAUCCUAAUGAAGACAACAGAACCAACGCUGAAUCAGGCUUAUGCUCUGAUUUGUGAAGAUGAGAGUCAGAGGUCAAGUCCAUAUCCAGCCCUAGCUGUUAAAGCAGAUACAAAUGUUAUGCAGGCUGGUCGAGGGACAAUUCCUAGAGGAGAGCCAAUUGCCAUGCAAGUUGGUAGACGACAACCCUAUAAAGGGAAGAAACCUUUCAUGAGAGGUGACUAUUGUCAUAAAAAUGGGCAUUUGAAGGAAAAUUGCUUUAAAUUGAUAGGGUAUCGAGAAGACUUUAAGGCAAAAAGGCAGGUUGUGGCUAACAGUGCUACUGGUGUUCUUGAACGUGAACAACAAAUACAGAUGAAUGGAGAAAAAGGAGCAAGCUAUGAUCAAGUAGCAUGGCACUUCUUCACUGAGGAUCAGUACAUGCAAAUACUGAAUAUGCUGAAUAAGGAUACUUCUGUACCACAAGUAAACAUGGCAGCUGCUUCAUUAGACUUGCUGCAUUCUAAAACUAAGUUGAAAGGUGAACAAAAAGAACAGGUACAAUUGCCCACCGGUGAGAGAACUGACAUUACACAUACUGGUAGUGCAACCAUUCUUAAGGAUUUGGAGGACCUUUGGAGUGGCAGGGUGAGGAGGAUUAGUAAGGAAAAAGGAGGUCUAUAUGUGGUGAAGGAUGCACACAUAGCAAAAGUGUUGCAGCAAAUGUCAACAGCCACCACUCAAAAGCCAGGAUUUGAUGGUCAUCUUUGGCAUCAGAGAUUAGGACAUGCCUCAGUUAGCACAAUGAAGCAUAUCAAGUCUUUUCAGCAUGCAACAGUAGAUCUAAAUGUAAAUAAGGAUUGUUCAGUUUGCCCUUUGGCUAAACAAAGUAGGCUUCCUACUGUUGUUCUGGAUGAAAAAAUACCUUAUGAGUUGUUGUAUCAUACACAACCUUCACUCAACCAUUUGAGAGGAUUUGGUUGCCUCUGCUAUGCUACUACUUUGGUGCAUGGAAACAAAUUUUCAGCAAGAGCCAAAUCAGCAGUCCAUCUUGGGUACUCAGAAACUCAGAAAGGCUACAAGCUGCUGGAUCUCUCUACUAACCAGUUUCUUGUUUGCAGGGAUGUUGUGUUUAAGGAGCACUUAUUUCCUUUUAUUCAGCCUUCCUUAUGGAAACAUUCGAUGGUCCAUGAUAAGGGGAGUGUGCAGGUUAAUCAUGAACCAUUUCCAGCUAAUCAUGACUUCCUACAACAAGAAGAUCAUGAAGGCAUUGAACCUGCAUCCACUUCUCAUCCACAAGAAGCUGUAGUUUCACCAAUAGAGGAUUCAACUCCAAUUCCAAUUCCUGGUGUGGAUAAUGUACCAACUGAGGAAGUGCAGAAUGGGCAUGCAGCAAAUGAGUAUACACAAGGAGAAACAAGUACAGCACCAAGCUUACAUGACAUUGUAAGUGAGGAAGAGCAUGAUGCAAUGUACUUGCCACAAGAUGUAGACACAUUACCAGAGAUAGAGCCUGCUCUUGCAAGUGAAGAACCAAGAAGAUCUAGCAGAAAUGUCAAAGAGCCCUUGUGGUUGAAGGAUUAUGUGACACAAAAGAAAAAUAAUGGAACAACACUGUAUCCUCUAUCAGGCCACUUAACAUAUAGCAAGCUGUCAGCAUCUUGCCAAAGAUUUGUAGCAAAGAUCUCUUCAUUGACAGAACCUCAGAGUUUUGCAGAAGCAUCUAAAGACAAAAGAUGGGUGGAAGCAAUGCAGUUGGAGAUUAAGGCCUUAGAAGAUAACAAGACUUGGGAGAUAGUAGACUUGCCUAAAGGAAAGAACACCAUUGGCUCAAAAUGGAUGUACAAGAUAAAGUUCAAAGCAGAUGGAGAAGUUGAAAUAUUCAAAGCUAGAUUAGUGGCCAAGGGGUACAGUCAAAAGGAAGGUCUGGAUUAUCAUGAGAUCUUCUCACCAUACACAAAAUGGUAA